GCCUCCUGUUACAUGCAUUUGUUUUCGGCCAGACCAGGCAGAGGUUUGGGAUGAAAAGUGUCCGCCCAGUCUCCUGUAGACUCCGGGAUUGUUUGUUUCCAUUCGAAUCUGGCAUGAGUCACUGCUACUUGUCAAGGUGAAAUGGCAAAUCUGGGAUUCUUGUGGUUCUAAAUGCCUGCCGAUGGAAGGCCAGGAGCAAGCCGGUGGUUGGAGCUGGUUAUAGGACAGACUUAGGUAUUCCAGAAGCACUUAGAAAUCUUGUCCUUGAGGGGGGUGGGGCGGGGAGGAGAGGUUUAUAAAUAAGUCUCACAUGUCUCUUAAGCAUUCUUCAAAGGGAGACGAUCGUUGAACUUGGUUUGGAACAAUGUGGUGUGUCUCUCUUGGCCCCUCUUGUGUUAGGCUGGGGAGAGGAGGAAAUAGGUUCUUUCGUCUUCUUCUGUCCUCUCCCUUCCACCCCCCACCCCCAUUUUCUUCCCCACCCCCACUCACUCACAUGCACACACUAACCUUGAAGCCGAUGGGAUUGAGUGACUGGCACUUGGGACCACAGAGAAAUGUCAGAGUGUUUGGUUACAGACUCAAGGAAACCUCUCAUUUAGAGUGCUCAUUUGGUUUUAAGCAAAAUUUUGGACUGUGAAUCUAGGCCUUGGGUGAAGACAAAAUGGCCUCACCGGCUGACAGCUGUAUCCAGUUCACCCGCCAUGCCAGUGACGUUCUUCUCAACCUUAACCGCCUGCGGAGCCGUGACAUCUUGACUGAUGUUGUCAUAGUGGUGAGCCGUGAGCAGUUUAGAGCCCAUAAGACAGUCCUCAUGGCCUGCAGUGGCCUCUUCUACAGCAUCUUCACAGACCAAUUGAAAUGCAACCUAAGUGUGAUCAAUCUGGAUCCGGAGAUCAAUCCCGAGGGGUUUUGCAUCCUCCUGGACUUUAUGUACACAUCCCGGCUCAAUCUGCGGGAAGGAAAUAUCAUGGCUGUGAUGGCCACUGCUAUGUACCUGCAGAUGGAACAUGUUGUGGACACGUGCCGGAAGUUUAUCAAGGCCAGUGAAGCAGAAAUGGUCCCUGCCAUCAAGCCUCCUCGGGAGGAGUUCCUGAACAGCCGGAUGCUGAUGCCCCAAGACAUCAUGGCCUAUCGGAGUCGGGAGAUGGUGGAGAACAGCCUCCCCCCACCAAGAAAUGGGUGUGAAAGCAGAGCCUUUGCCCCCAGCCUGUACGGCGGCCUGUCGACACCGCCAGCCUCAUAUCCCGUGUAUAGCCACCUCCCUGUCAGCAGCUUCCUCUUCUCUGAUGAGGAGCUUAGGGAUGCCCGGAUGCCUGUGGCCAACCCCUUCCCCAAGGAGCGGGCCCUCCCCUGCGACAGUGCCAGGCCAAUCCCUGGUGAGUACAGCCGGCCAGCCAUGGAGAUAUCCCCAAGCAUGUGCCACAGCAACAUCUACUCGCCCAAGGAGGUGGCUUCUGAGGAGGCACGGAGUGACAUGCACUACACCGUGGCAGAGGGCCCCAAGCCUGCCGCCCCCUCAGUCCGGAACGUCCCCUACUUCCCCUGUGACAAGGGUGGCAAGGAUGAAGAGAGGCCCUCCUCUGAGGAUGAGAUUGCCCUGCAUUUCGAGCCCCCCAACGCACCACUGAACCGGAAGGGUCUGGUUAGUCCCCAGAGCCCCCAGAAGUCUGACUGCCAGCCCAACUCACCGACAGAGUCCUGCAGCAGCAAGAAUGCCUGCAUCCUCCAGGCCUCUGGCUCCCCACCAGCCAAGAGCCCCACUGACCCCAAAGCCUGCAACUGGAAGAAAUACAAGUUCAUUGUGCUCAACAACCUCAACCAGAACGCCAAACCAGAGGGAGCCGAGCAGACCGAGCUGGGCCGCCUUUCCCCUCGGAGCUACGCCGCCCCCUCGGCAUGCCAGCCACCCAUGGAGCCCGAGAACCUUGACCUUCAGUCCCCAACCAAGCUCAGCACGAGCGGGGAGGACUCCACCAUCCCCCAGGCUAGCCGGCUCAACAACAUCGUCAACAGGUCCCUGACAGGCUCUCCACGCAGCAGCAGCGAGGGCCACUCACCGCUCUACCUGCACCCCCCCAAGUGUACAUCCUGCGGCUCUCAGUCCCCACAGCACACGGAGAUGUGUCUUCAUACCGCCGGGCCCGCCUUCCCCGAGGAGAUGGGAGAGACCCACUCCGAGUACUCGGAUUCCAGCUGUGAGAACGGGGCCUUCUUCUGCAAUGAGUGUGACUGCCGCUUCUCUGAGGAGGCCUCCCUCAAGAGGCACACGCUGCAGACCCACAGUGACAAACCCUACAAGUGUGACCGCUGCCAGGCCUCCUUCCGCUACAAGGGCAACCUCGCCAGCCACAAGACCGUCCAUACGGGUGAGAAACCCUAUCGUUGUAACAUCUGUGGGGCCCAGUUCAACCGGCCAGCCAACCUGAAAACCCAUACUCGAAUUCACUCUGGAGAGAAGCCCUACAAAUGCGAGACUUGUGGCGCCAGAUUUGUGCAGGUGGCCCACCUCCGCGCCCAUGUGCUCAUUCAUACUGGCGAGAAGCCCUAUCCCUGUGAAAUCUGUGGCACCCGUUUCCGGCACCUUCAGACUCUGAAGAGUCACCUGCGAAUCCACACAGGAGAGAAACCUUACCAUUGCGAGAAAUGUAACCUGCAUUUCCGUCACAAAAGCCAGCUGCGCCUGCACUUGCGCCAGAAGCACGGUGCCAUCACCAACACCAAGGUGCAGUACCGCGUGUCCGCCACUGACCUGCCCCCGGAGCUCCCCAAAGCCUGCUGAAGCAUGGAGUGUUGAUGCUUUCCACUCGGCCCCUUUCAGAAUCUACCCAAAGGAUACUGUAACACUUUACAAUGUCCAUCCCGUGAUGUGGUACCCUCCUUCAUCCACUAGGUUCAAAUCAUAACUGGGGGCGGGGGGUGGGGUAGGGUAAGGGCAUGGGGUCCCGGAGCCAAGUGGCUCCUCUUUCCCCACUGCCAUAAAACAUCAAGAAAAUAAUACUGCUUCUUCUCCUAUGUGUAAGGCAAACCAUGUCAGCAAAAUGCAAACUCAUUUUAUAUAUCAAAGUGGGAGAGUAUACAAAAGUUCUGACUUGACUUAGUCUGCAAAAUGAGGAAUGUAUAUGUUCUGUGGGAACAGAUGUUUCUUUUGUAUGUAAAUGUGCAUUCUUUUAAAAGAAGAGACUUCAGUAUGUUAUCAAAGAGAGGGCUUUAAUAUUUUUAACCAAAGGUGAAGGAAUAUAUGGCAGAGUUGUAGAUAUAUAAAUAUAUAUAUAAAAUAAAUAUAUAUAAACCUAAAAAAGAUAUAUUAAAAAUAUAAAACUGCAUUAAAGGCUCGAUUUUGUAUCUGCAGGCAGACACGGAUCUGAGAAUCUUUAUUGAGAAAGAGCAUUUAAGAGAAUAUUUUAAGUAUUGCAUCUGUAUAAGUAAGAAAAUAUUUUGUCUAAAAUGCCUCAGUGUAUUUGUAUUUUUUGCAAGUGAAGGUUUACAAUUUACAAAGUGUGUAUUAAAAAAAAAAGAACAAAAAAAAGCUACCGAAGGAAAAAAAUGUGUAGUUUUGUUCUAGUUUUCGGUUUGUAUAUACCUGUACAACGUGUCCUACGGUGCCUUUUUUCAUGGAAGUUUUCAACAGUGGACAAGCGCGCCAUCCCUUUUGGAAGUGUAGGCAGACACAGGGACUUGAAGUUGUCACUAACUAAGCUCUCUUUGGGAAUGUUUGUCUCAUCACAUUCUGCGUCAUGCUUGUGUUAUAACUACUCCGGAGACAGGGUUUGGCUGUGUCUAAACUGCAUUACCGCGUUGUAAAAUAUAGCUGUACAAAUACAACAAUAAAAUGUUGAAAAGUCAA